AUGUCGAGAGAAGGAGCAAUACAUUUACCUAACGAUGAUGAAUCGCGAAGCGACGGGAUCGCUGAAAAGUUGAAGCAAGCUCGUAUAUGGUUCAAUAACAAAUGGAACGGUGAUUCAAAUGAACGGUCACCAUUAUUAAGCAGAGAUGUCGAAGACCCACAGGCUGCCAAGCGAAAGACAAAGUUUAGAGCGGUUGUAAUUGGCUCUACUCUUUUAAUCGCAUUGGUUAUACUAGGAGUAUCAGUGGCCUACUGGUUUAAACAUCAUGAUAAAGAGAUUGGUGAUAGUACUCCUUUCCCUGGCUGGAAUGAUCUAAGCCAAACUGAAAAAGAGUUUGUUGGCCUGCCAUCUAAUGAAAGCAUCCGAGAAUAUUUAAAGGUUUAUACUUCUAAAGCACACUUGGCUGGCACAGAAAAUGACAAAGAACAAGCUGAAUGGACACAUAAGCAAUUUGAGUCCUUUGGCUUAAACAGCACUAUCGAGACUUACUGGCCACUCUUGAACUAUCCUGUAGCACGCCGUUUUGCCAUUGUAACUGGUCCUGAACAAUUCCGUUAUGAAGCCAAGUUGACGGAAGAUCCAGUCGAAGAAGAUGAAACUAGUCAUGAUCCUAACGUCGUUCCUCUUUUCCACGGUUAUUCGAAGAACGGAACGGUCAAGGGACGUGUCGUGUAUGCAAACUAUGGUCGUGUUGAAGACUUUCAGUUCCUGAAGGAUCAAGGUAUUGAACUCAAUGGCACCAUUGCUCUCGUACGUUAUGGCGGUUCUUUCCGUGGCCUUAAAGUCAGAGCUGCUGAGAUCUAUGGCUGUGCCGGUGUCUUGAUCUACUCUGACCCCAUUGAUGAUGGACCACUCAAUAAAGAUGAGGCAAGCAACCCUGCCAAGUCAUAUCCAGAUGGCCCUUGGAGAUCAUCAAGCUCAGCUCAAAGAGGUUCUGUCCUAUACCUCUCUCUCGCAUCUGGUGAUCCAUUAACACCUGGCUAUGCUGCUACCGAAAACGCCACUCGCAUAGACCCUGAAGAUGCUCCCAGUUUGGCUAAAAUCCCUUCAUUACCUUUAUCUUGGGAAGAUGCAUUACCUAUUUUGAAAGCCACAACAGGCCGUGGUGUAAGUGGUGCCGACUGGAAAGGUGGACUCAAAGGUGUAGAUUACUCCAGUGGACCUACUGAAGGAGAGGCUAUCCUGGUUAAUCACAUUGAUAAUAAGAUUACGCCUAUCUGGAAUGUCAUCGCACGCAUUGAAGGCACUGAAGAGCCUGAUCGAGCUAUUAUCUUGGGCAACCAUCGUGACGCUUGGGUGUACGGUGCUGUUGACCCUUCAUCAGGAUCAGCUUCUAUGCUUGAACUGGCACGUUCCUUUAGUGAGCUCUUGAAAAAAGGAUGGCGUCCACGACGUACGAUCAUUUUGGCUUCAUGGGAUGCCGAAGAAUAUGCUCUUGUUGGUUCUACUGAAUGGGUUGAAGCACAUAAGGAGUGGUUGGAUAAGCAAGCUGUUGUUUAUAUUAACGUGGACGUCGCUGUUAGCGGCCCUGACUUCAUUGCUGGUGCCUCUCCUUCCUUAAACCGUUUACUUUAUGAUGUGACUUCAUCUGUUGAGGAUCCUCGUACGGGUGGAUCUGUUUAUGAUGCAUGGAGUGCUCUAUCUAAAGCUACUGGUAACGAAAGACCGCUCGUUGAGACCCUAGGCUCAGGCUCUGAUUUUGUUCCUUUCUUGGAUCAUGUUGGUAUUAGCAGCGUCAGUCUUUCAUUCAGUGGUAAUUAUGGCGUAUACCACAGUAAUUAUGACAGCUUUCACUGGAUGGAAAAGUUUGGUGAUCCUGAUUUCCGCUACCACCAAACCCUUGUCAAGAUCUGGGGCCUUCUUACUCUCCGUCUUUCAGAUAGCCUUAUUUUGCCUCUUAGCCCAACGGAUUAUACCACAGAGCUAUACAGAUAUGUUGAAGACUUGAGCACUUAUGCUAGUCCUUAUGAACUGAAAGAGCUGCCUGAUGCUUUAGAUAAACUCGAAAGAACAGUACGCCGAUUUGAACGUCGCCUGCAGCGUCUUGCUGGACGCCUGGCUGAGUAUGAAUCGUUAGCAGACGUUCCUUCUGUCUUGAUUGAUCGUUUAGAAAAAGCAAACAAGCGCCUUACUUACUUUGAACGCGGCUUCAUUCAUCCUGAAGGCCUUCCAGGUCGUGAAUGGUUUAAGCAUGUUGUUUACGCUCCUGGUCUCUGGACAGGAUAUUCUUCUCAGGUAUUCCCUGGAGUUGUUGAUAGUGUUGACGCUAAAGAUGAAGAGCUCAUUGUACGCGCUGAAAAGAAUGCAGCAGAGGCUAUUGAAAAGGCAGCAGAAUUCUUAAAGAUUGAUUAA